CGAAACCGCCACACAAAUGUCGAACAAUUGUUUGUCGUCGCGUACUGAAAAGGGUUGGCAUUUUUCAACGUUAACGAGGCUAUGUAGUAUGCGUGAUUUGUUUCCAAAUAAAACAAACUAUCCGUUUUAAAGCCGACAGUUGCCCGGAUGUUAAAGUGCACCGAGGCCUGACUCGUCUACUACACACGUGUGAAAACAUCUUAGCACUUUUAUGGCACGGUGUGCGUCUCGGUAAGCAGAAAUCAUGUUUGGCUCAUCGAGGUCUGGAGGGGUGAGAGGUGGUCAGGACCAAUUCAACUGGGAUGAUGUUAAAGUGGACAAACACCGGGAAAAUUAUUUGGGAAACUCCCUCAUGGCACCUGUUGGUCGCUGGCAGAAAGGGAAAGAUUUGUCAUGGUAUUCCAGAGAUAAGAAAGAUGGAACACCCUUGUCUAAAGAGCAAGAGAUGGCAGCGGUACGGGAGGCAGAACACGAGGCCAUGAUGGCAGCACUGGGCCAUAAAACACUCAAACGACAACCGACUGGUCUUACCAAGGAGGAUCUAGCAGAUGUGUGCAGGAGAGAAGGUGAAGGAGAGGAGCGUGACGUGGACAGGGUCUCUGGGCUAGGCAGCUCCAGCGUUGGGCAGAAAGGAAUGCUGCUAUCCAAGCAAGAAAAGGAAGCUCAAAAAUUGGGUUUACCAGUUUUUACGCAUCACAAAGCUGCUGGACUGCAAGAAUCUACAAGUAAGGUGUCAGAGGAAACCAGAGGUGAUGGAGAUAAGAGAUCUGAGAGCAGCAAGAAAAGCAAAAAGGAAAAGAAGAGUAAGAAAGAGAAAAAGAAGAAAAAAGAGAAAAAGAAACAUCACAGAAGGGACUCCAACUCAGAUUCUGACUCUGAAAUCGACAGUAAAAGGCAGAGAAAAGAUCCCAGAGACCACCGCGGUCCUAAUCCAUCAAGAAGCAGUCAGAGUGGAGCCGGAGUCCGUGACAGCCAUUCAGGAGGGGGGGCAAAGGCCGCCUGCAGGACCCCGACCCCCACUCGCCAGCAUCGUCGCCAUCGGCACGACACGGACACGUCCUCUGAUGGCCACCGUGCCAGACAAGGGUCCCCACCACAAAGCCACCGGCGGCGCCACGACACCGACUCGGACGACUGAUGCCCUUGAGCCCCCUUUUCCCCUUUAAGGAUAUAAGCAGCCCCUCUGUGAAACUCAGGUCAACUCAGGCCACAAGGCCAGGCAGAGCACAGUUAUAAAUGCAGUACUCUUGUGUUUUUGGGUAGCUUCAACUUAAAUCUUGUGUAUUAGCUCGUAGUGUGAAUAGCAGUAUGAUUUUGUACAAUUAAAUUGCAUUUCGGCUGGUUCCUUUAUACAGUAGCAAAACAUGUCGAAAUGUCUUUUACCCUAAAAUCAAAUAAUUCCCAAAUGUUUCAUUAAUAGGAAUUCUUGCAAAAUAUAAUUAUAAUAUUGAUUUUUGGAUGAUGAUUUUUAUGAGCAGGUGAAACCGCAGGUUAUUCAAGACAGCACCACGGUUUUAUUAUUGUACGUUAUGUAAAAUAAAAAGUUUUUACAACACA